CCUGUACAAGGUGAUUCAGUGACUCGCUAGGAUUCACAGUGCCUCGCUAGGAUUUGCAGUGCCUAGCAGAGGGGAUAAUAUUUAAGCAGUGCUAGUACUAUACAGCUCAAACAACUAGACAGGGGCCAGGAAGUCCCAUAAUUGGGUACAGCCGUAAAUCUUGACUGAACUACCGGGAAGGACAACAUUCCCUAUUGACGUCCUCUGGGUAUUUUAUUAUUGAUUACGAAAAGUAUAAUUCACCAUUGGCAAAAAGGUAUACCCACCAAGAGGUGAAUUCUAUAGUUGUCAGUGAAUAUUAUUUUUUGAGUUUAGUCUGUUAGGCCGAAAGUAUACUUUACUGAUUGGUCAGUGAGCUAGUGGUAGCCAUAAGUUACCUGUGAGACUGAAUGAUGUUAACGCAAUUACUAACUUAACUUCAUGUACGAUAUGGAAACUCAAGCGUGAAGCUUUCGAUCAAGACUUGUGUCACGAGAUCAAGACUUGUGUCACGAGAUCUAGACUUGUGUCACGAGAUCAAAACUUGUGUCACGCAAUCAAGACUUGGGGCACGCAAUCAAGCCUUGCGUUUAGCGAAACGGAGCAUCCGACAACCGAACCUAUUAUGAGGACGUUGGUGGGCGUGGUAUUGGGUGUGGUUCUGGUGGGCGUGGCUAGGACCGAGGUGGCUUUAAAGGAGGAAUGGCUUGAACGAGGAAUAUCCCACAACUCCGUGAAAUCAACGAAAGAAAAUGGAAACUUGUCCAGUAAGGAGAACGGGAACUUCUCCAGCGACACAAAAAACGGGAUCUUAAGUUACACAGAAAAUGGUGUAUUGUUCACCCACAUAGAAAACGGCGAGUCGACGGAAAAAGAACACGUCGUUGUUUCAAGAAACUUGAACAUCCAGGACGGACUUGAUCAACCUGAGGAAGGGCUGAGCCUUCGGGAGGAGGAGGACGGAGCUGAGGACUACCACAAGAGGAAAAGAAAACGGAGCAAUGAUUAUGGAGCGCCUCAAUACGGUGAGGACCCCGGCCUGAGCAAGACUACUCACGUCUACAGCAUCCUGGCCCUGGCCGUCUUCAGCGCUUUCCUCGGUUACAUGGUCUAUCACUACCUCAGUAGCGCUAAGAAAGAAGAAAGAUCUGCUGAGUCCCAGUUCUGGCUGUGGGGCGAGGAUAACACCAUACACGACCUCCUCCAUUAUGUGACUGCCGGCAUAGAGAGAUGGGCAUUGCUCGAGCACUUGACUGAAGACGACUUACUUAAAUAAGACUCGUGACUCUGUAAUGCGGACAUCUUUACUCAAUCUUUUGUGUGUUUAAUCUUUAUGCUAUUGUGUAUUUGAUUUGGGAUUUGUUACUGUUAAACCUUCCGUUUUCUAUCCUGUAAUUUCAAAGUUUUAAGACCGUAUAAUUGCACUACAAUGUUGUUGUUGUUAUAGAUUCAGCUACUCUGAAUAAGUUCCAAGUAGCACGGGCUAUGGUGAGCCCGUAAUUUGCACUACAAACAAACGUUCAUAAAUGAGUUCAUAGAUUUGAAUUUCUUUUGUACAUGCCACUAUAUGUACGUAAUUGUAAAUUACUCGCUAUGUAAAUCAAUUAUGCACAAUAAUUAUAUCAGAAACAUGUUCGAAUCGCGUUUAUCUCUCAGACUAGUGAUCAGAGGUGUGGGAGGAGCAAACAAUUAAAAACAAAAAAUAUUCGGGCUAUAUAUAUUCUCUGUAUAGGAUAUAUUAAUGCUGCUAAUCUUGUAUGACAAACUAUUGAAAUUUGUCGUUCUUUCCGGAUGGAAAGUUUUCAUUUUCUUUAAAAUUUGGAUUAAACAUCUGCUGGCAUUAUUCAUUGAA